CGCCAUGCGGCGCGCGCCCCCGCUGGUCCUCCUCUCCUUGCUCGCCCUGUGCGGACGAGGAGACAGCCGCCUGGCCAACGCCGAGGAGAGGCUGAUGGAUGACCUGCUGAACAAAACCCGUUACAACAAGCUCAUCCGCCCAGCCACCAGCUCCUCUCAGAUCAUCACCAUCCACUUGCAGCUGUAUCUGGCCCAGCUCAUUAGCGUGAAUGAGCGAGAACAGAUCAUGACCACCAACGUCUGGUUGAAGCAGGCCUGGAAAGACUACCGCCUGGCCUGGAACAGCUCCCACUAUGAGGGCGUGAACAUCCUGAGGAUCCCAGCCAAGCGCGUCUGGUUGCCAGACAUCGUACUCUACAAUAACGCCGAUGGCACCUACGUGGCAUCCCUCUACACCAACGUGGUGCUCUACUCCAAUGGCAGCAUUGAGUGGCUGCCGCCCACCAUCUACAAGAGUGCCUGCAAGAUUGAGGUGCGGCACUUCCCCUUUGACCAGCAGAACUGCACGCUCAAGUUCCGCUCCUGGACCUACGACCACACGGAGAUCGACAUGGUCCUCAUGGCACCCACAGCCAGGAUGGACGACUUCACACCCAGUGGAGAGUGGGACAUCAUGGCCCUGCCGGGACGGAGGGUGGUGGACCCGCUGGACCCCACCUACGUGGACAUCACCUAUGACUUCAUCAUCCGGCGUAAGCCGCUCUUCUAUACCAUCAACCUCAUUGUGCCCUGCGUGCUCAUCACCUCACUGGCCAUCCUUGUCUUCUACCUGCCGUCCGACUGCGGCGAGAAGAUGACCCUGUGCAUCUCCGUGCUGCUGGCACUCACCUUCUUCCUGCUGCUCAUUUCCAAGAUCGUGCCGCCCACAUCACUCGACGUGCCCCUCAUCGGCAAGUACCUCAUGUUCACCAUGGUGCUGGUUACUUUCUCCAUCGUCACCACUGUGUGCGUGCUCAACGUGCACCACCGCUCGCCCAGCACACACACCAUGGCGCCCUGGGUCAAGCGCUGCUUCCUGUACAAGCUACCCACCUUCCUCUUCAUGAGGCGCCUGGGCCUGGACAGCAGCCUGGCUGAGGCUCCCCAGCCAGGCCAGCCACACCCAACUAAGACUGAGGCCGCUGCUGCUUCGGCCAACCUCUACAGCAACUCCAUGUACUUUGUGAACCGUAGCCCGGCGGGUCCCAAGUCCCCGGCUGGCUCCCACACCUCGGGCAUCACCAGGGAUUUCCGACUGAGAGCCUCUGGGAAGUUUGGGCAGGACGUGCGAGAAGCAUUGGAGGGGGUCAGCUUCAUUGCCCAGCACAUGGAGAGUGACGAUCGGGACCAGAGUGUCAUUGAGGAUUGGAAGUAUGUGGCCAUGGUGGUGGACCGGCUGUUCCUGUGGGUGUUCGUGUUCGUGUGUGUCCUGGGCACCGUGGGGCUCUUCCUGCCUCCCCUCUUCCAGACCCAUACACCUCCUGAGGAACCCUAGGCUGCCUGUCCAGCAUGUCCAAGCCCCCCUGAGUGGUGGGGUAGGAUGACAUGUGCUGUCAGGUGCACAGAGAGCUGCU